AUACGCUCCUGAAAAUGCUCAAAGGGCAACCAUAUAUAAUACCUUCAUCUUCAAUUCCUCCUGUUCCAGCUGUUGUCUAAUCGAUCUGCAGACUGAACUGAAGUAUAAUGUCGAAGACGAGUGCCCUGGAUCUUGCUUCAGGAUUAGGAGGGAAGAUCAGAAAGGAGCAAGUCAAAUCGGCCGUGGAUCAGUAUGAGAAUUAUCAUGAAAUUUAUGGAGGUGAAGUGGAAUCAAGGACAUCCAACUACGCUGAUUUGGCAAACAAGUAUUAUGAUCUUGUCACCAGUUUCUACGAAUACGGCUGGGGAGAAUCAUUCCAUUUCGGCAGCAGAUGGCAAGGAGAAACUUUACGCGAAAGCCUUAAGCGUCAUGAGCAUUUUCUGGCCUUGCAACUCGGCCUCAAGAAGGGCAUGAAGGUCCUAGACGUGGGGUGUGGCAUUGGAGGACCCUUGAGAGAGAUUGCCAGAUUCAGCUCAGCAUCGGUGACUGGACUGAACAACAAUGCGUACCAGAUAUCAAGGGGCAAGGAACUCAACUUUUCUGUCGGUUUGAGUGAAACCUGCAACUUUGUCAAGGCUGACUUCAUGAACAUGCCUAUCCCUGAUGCCACCUUCGACGCAGCCUACGCCAUCGAGGCGACAUGCCAUGCCCCUGAUGCUGUUGGUGUCUACAGGGAGAUCUGCCGAGUGCUGAAACCAGGGCAGUUGUUCGCGUUGGACGAGUGGUGCAUGACCGACAAGUAUGAUCCAGGCAACUCGAGGCACCGGAGCAUCAAGGCCGAGAUCGAGCUCGGCAAUGGCCUUCCAGACAUCAGAACCACCAAACAGUGCAUCCAGGCUCUCAAAGACGCGGGCUUUGAGGUUGUAUCGGUGAAGGAUCUGGCAGAGGAUUCGCCGUUGCCAUGGUACCUGCCUCUUGAUUCCAGCCAGUUCUCACUCAAUGGCUUCCGUCUCACCCGUGUCGGCCGCUUCAUCACUCACAUGCUGGUAAAGACGCUCGAGUGCCUCCAUGUUGCCCCACAGGGCAGCCUGAGGGUCUCCAGCUUUCUUGAGACCGCGGCCGAAGGGCUUGUGAAGGGCGCCAAGGAAGGGAUCUUCACGCCCAUUUUCUUCGUCUUGGCUCGGAAACCUCUGGACAAGCAGCCAGAGAUCUGAAGAACAGAGCAAGGUGUGGUAAUUAUCAUCUUCAUAAGUGUGCAAUAAAAAGAACAACUGUUUGAUCAGUGUGUACUUCUCUGAACCCAGCGAGAUGUGGUGUUUUAUUUGGUCAAUUCGUGUCAUAAAAAAGUAGUAAGUUUGUUCAGUGUGUACGUAACAGUUUCGUCUGGGUAUGAAUUCAGUAUUUGUUUUUCAGUCUUA